AUGUCCAAAUCAACAAGAAGUAAUAGUAUUUCACAAGUUGAUGACGGAGCUCUGGAAAAUAUAAUUAACAGGGUUGUCGAGAGAGCGAAUACUGCUUUGCAAGGAUAUCCUCAGACUCAGAGUAUUGCUAAAAUAACGAUAGAAAGCAUCAAUUUGAAAGUGCCACAUCUCACACCCAACGAUGACAUAAAGUUGCAGUUGUUGACACGUAUCAAAGCAGAUGAGUCUAUGAUGAUACCGUUUCGCCGAUGGGAAUUGCACGAGCUACCAGCACUCACACAAGGAUCUACCAUAGAAAUCUGGUCCGUAAAGACAUGUUCUGCAUUGGACAGUCCAAGAUAUGUUAUAGUAUUUUUCCAAACGAAAAAAGCCGAUAAUUUGCAUGAAGACGUCACCUUGUUCGAUAAUGCCAACAUCAAAUCCAUACGAUUGGCUCUGAAUAGCGACUAUUAUCCGCAAGAACGAAUGCUAUUGGACUUUUCCCGAGACCAAUAUGCCGACGCCCACUUCAACUAUACAGAGUUCAACAAGAGCUACCAUAACUGUCAAGGAAAGCGCUCUCUAGUAAACUUUGCCGAAUUCAAAUCCCGACCAAUGUUUGUUAUCAAUUGCUCGAGGCGCCAUCUGGGUCUAAAGUCGUCCACAGUUGACAUAAAUGUGAAGGUUGUCGAGAGAGCGAAUACUGCUUUGCAAGGAUAUCCUCAGACUCAGAGUAUUGCUAAAAUAACGAUAGAAAGCAUCAAUUUGAAAGUGCCACAUCUCACACCCAACGAUGACAUAAAGUUGCAGUUGUUGACACGUAUCAAAGCAGAUGAGUCUAUGAUGAUACCGUUUCGCCGAUGGGAAUUGCACGAGCUACCAGCACUCACACAAGGAUCUACCAUAGAAAUCUGGUCCGUAAAGACAUGUUCUGCAUUGGACAGUCCAAGAUAUGUUAUAGUAUUUUUCCAAACGAAAAAAGCCGAUAAUUUGCAUGAAGACGUCACCUUGUUCGAUAAUGCCAACAUCAAAUCCAUACGAUUGGCUCUGAAUAGCGACUAUUAUCCGCAAGAACGAAUGCUAUUGGACUUUUCCCGAGACCAAUAUGCCGACGCCCACUUCAACUAUACAGAGUUCAACAAGAGCUACCAUAACUGUCAAGGAAAGCGCUCUCUAGUAAACUUUGCCGAAUUCAAAUCCCGACCAAUGUUUGUUAUCAAUUGCUCGAGGCGCCAUCUGGGUCUAAAGUCGUCCACAGUUGACAUAAAAAUUGGCAAAAAAGAAGGCGUAUCAUCUAAUGGCAAACCAAGGUGUGUUAUUGUCGAUCUAGUUACUUAUCUGAAGAGAGCGGAAAUAUUAAAUUCCAAGAAGCUGCCGAAAGGUACCGGAAUAUUUCUUAAUGAGGACCUCACAAAAAAUCGCUACAAGCUACUUAGUUUGGCGAGGCAAAAGCAUGGAAUCCAUAAUGCCUGGUCCCGAGAUGGCAGAAUAUUUGUGAAAGAUGGUGAUGUAAAAAUUAUUAAUGUAAUUGAUGACGUGUGA